UGGUACUCACAAAAAAAUCAAGAAAACUAGAUUUAAACAGACUAUGUUGAGCUAUAACAACAAUUCGUUUUUCUGUUUAUAUAUAUAUAUUAAAACAGUUGUUCCCUUGCCUAUUAAAACAUGUAAUAUAUGACAGCGUUUUUGGUGUUUCCAUGGUUUCUACAAAAUAAAACUGGAAACCGAGGCAGACCAAGGGUUAACGAGGGUAUGACGCAACUCCUCACAUGUCCCGGAGCCUUGGUUAAAAUAGCAAUUUUCUCACGAUUUACAAAUAGUUGAAAACAUUUGGGAUGUUGUAAGUACUCAAGUGAACAAAAUAUAUAACACUGGCCUAGUGGUUUUUGGAUAUUUUACUGCAAAAUUCUUACAUAUUGUGCCUUUAAACCAAGGCAUAUUGUCCACGUUAUCGCCACGAAUGAAAAUGAGAAAUGUGGAUCUUUUUUUUUAAAUGUGAAUUUUACUUAAACGUUUUUUAAAAAUAUUUUUGAUUUUUAUAAAUUUAAUUUUAAUUAAAUUUAUUACAUUAUUAUGUUACAAAAUCACAUUUUAUUGUCUGCGGUUUCUGGAGACCCCAACAUCCUGAGUGUAUACACCAAACGAAUAUCUUAGAAGUGGUUUGUUUUUAAACAUCAAUAACAUGAUCAUUAGGCUUUUUUUAUUUAUUUAUUUUAACUGUAUAUAUUUAGCUCAUUCGGAUGUAGAAAGCUUUGUGAGUAUAAUUCUGCUCUCAUUUAGCUCAAAAUUGUCUUCUGUUACUCAGUAACCAUGACUCUUAUUUUCAUGUUUUCCCAUAUGCACACAUAUGUGGAGGAAUUCAUAGCUUUCGCUUUGAAGGUAGUUUCGGUCAACAAUGAAUGAUUAACUGCAUUCAUCCGAACGUGACGCUCCGCGUAAGUGCAGCGGUGACGCGCAAAAGUCUAAUCAGGUUUUCCGCGUGUCUCUCGCGGUGCAACAUCACUUGUGGGUGGAUUCCGUUGUCACUGACAACAACCCCUAAAUCAAAGCAUGAAGAUCGGUAUUACAUCACAGGCUUGUGCUGGGCUGGGUCUGUCCACUCCGCCAGGUGUAAUCACAGGCUUUUCUCGUGGGAACUCCCUUGAAGAGGCUUUUCCUGCGGUGAGCUUUCACGCAUCCAUCGCCCCGGGAUAUAAUGGAGGAAUCCUACAAAUGACACUUGCGUGCGGGACGGAAACUCUCUGAAUUUAUCUAGUGCUUUUAUUCCUGGUGAAACUUGUCCAAAGAUCAAAGAUCUGCCAUGCGGAGAACACCUCGUUCACAAAUCUCUUGGUUGGAUUUUUCUGUGUUUUCUCCAGUUCUGACUCGUCGAGUGUUUCUUCUUCUGCUGCUGCAAUGUCUUAUUUUAUUGCCCCGUUUGCAGUGUGUUGGAUUGCCCAAGAAGCCACCUGGUUUUCAAAUUUUAGUUUCCAGACAGUCUAACACUGUAACCCAGAAAGUUCUUACAACAGAUGGCAAAGAGUGCAAGUUUCCUUUUCGCUUUGGUGGGAUGAUUUAUCACAAUUGUAUCUCUAUGAACUCUUACAAGGCCUGGUGUUCUCUCACACACAACUUUGACCGUGAUCAGAAGCGGGGAUUCUGCAGUUCACCCAAACGAAUGUUUAAUGGAUUUCUUCCUCUGCGUCAGGGUCCAAGUCUCUGCCAGCAAAACCCGUGUUUGAAUGGGGGCGUUUGUGCCACGAACACUAACCUGGACUCAUUUGAUUGUGUGUGUCCUGAUGGAUUUAGUGGAGCUCUGUGUGAAAAAAAAAAGUGCUACGAGCCGCUGCAUCUGAAACACUAUGACAUUGGAGAAUCGUGGGGACGGAUCUACCAGCGAAGCGUAGAGCUGUGCACGUGCCUCGGUGGAGAGGUCAGCUGCAAGCGUGCACGUUACACGGUGUGUUUGCGAAAUCACUGUGAAAAUGACGGAGUCUGUAGAAUAAUAGAGGCCACUGGUGAAGAGGUGUGUGGGUGCAAAUCUGGAUAUAUUGGAAAAUAUUGCAACAUCAACCCACAAGAGCAGUGUUACCGUGAUUCAGGUGCACAGUAUCGCGGUCUAGCCAAUGCCACCGUCUCCGGAUCAUCCUGCCUGCCGUGGAACUCGGAUCUGUUGUUCAAUGAGCUGACAGUAGAUACAGUGGACAGCGCCACCCUCAGGGGCCUCGGAGAACAUGCUUUCUGCAGGAACCCAGAUCAAGAUAAGCUGCCGUGGUGUUACACAAUGACAGACAGAGCCAUUUCCUGGGAGUACUGCAACAUCCAGCCCUGUUCCAAACAGCCAUCCUCCCGCAGAGGUCCUGUCAUAGCUGCUGCACCGCGGCCGUCCCGCACCCCUGCCAGGACACCGGUGUGUGGGAAGAGGCACAAGAAACGGAUCAGCAGGGCUCGUAUCCUGGGUGGGACAUCCGCAUUGCCUGGUUCACACCCCUGGAUGGCAGCGUUGUACAUCAAAGAUGAGUUCUGUGCGGGAACUCUGAUUUCUUCCUGUUGGAUUGUAUCUGCGGCUCACUGCUUCCUGCGCAAUCCAUUGCAGUCACAGAUUCGGGUUGUUCUUGGCCAGCAUGGCUUUAAUGACACCGGCCCGAACACCAGGACAUUUGGUGUUGAGAAAUAUAUUUUGUACCCCCUUUAUACUCAGUUCCUGCCGACCUUAAAUGAUAUUGCCUUAGUGAAGCUGAAGAAGGUCAACGGACGCUGUGCUCAGAAAACACCAUUCAUCAGGCCAAUCUGUCUGCCAGGGAAAGACACAAAGUUCCCGGAUCACUACUGCUGUAAGAUCUCAGGCUGGGGUCACAUGAGCGAGAAGGCAAACUCGUAUUCUCAGCUGAUCGAGGGAGUGGUGAAGAUUAUUCCUUUUGACCAUUGUUCGAGUCCAGAAGUGUAUGGAUCAGAGGUCCGGUCUGGGAUGCUGUGUGCCGGGAGUGACUCCUGUGUGGACGCCUGCCAGGGAGACUCCGGCGGUCCUUUAGCGUGUGAGUGUGACGGUGUGAGUUUCCUUUAUGGCAUCAUCAGUUGGGGGGACGGAUGUGGACGGUCGGGAAAACCAGGCGUUUACACCCUCGUGCCCAAAUAUGCUGACUGGAUAAACAGCGUCAUCAAAAGAUCCAAACAAACAUCAGCUAAUAAAACAAAGAUAAACAUCUGCAUCGGGAGUCAGUGCCAAAGAUAACCCAUAAAUCAACUGUGACUUUAUUAGUAAUGUAUUAGUUGACACUUUCCAUUACAGUGUUCAUGUUAACGAGUAAUACUAAUGAACUUAAUGUGUUAUGAAUGCUAUUGUAUUUAUAUUAACAAGCAAUGUUGUGACAUGUACACACUGUAAUGUCAAGUUAUGUAUUAUAUUAUUUUAUAUAUAUUUUUGCAUAUCAAUAAAUUUUUGAGUUGA